CCACACCUUGCGUGUUUUGUUCGAAUUUAAGUAUAGAAGAGGAGAAUAAAAAAUUCCGCGUUUAGGAUGCGCACAUUCGAAAGACGCGUGCCGUCUUUACAUUCGAUUCAUUAGUAGAAAGGUAGUGGGGGUAACGUCGGCUAUCGCCGAUAGACGGCGUGCGGCGGAGCAGUUCAUUUCUGUAAUGGCCGCCGUCUGGCGUUGUCGGUGAAUCGGUCUCUUUCAGAAUCUCGCGAAGAAAAAUUUGCACAACAUUAUCGUUCACGAAAAUCCAGUGUACAGCAAUCCACGUAACAAGAAGUGUGGUGUUCGCUCGUGCAUAGUGCGUAUGGUGGUGUAUAAUUGUGACUCCAAGGUGGACGGUCUAUCGAAAAAAUUCAAAUCGGAUGUGCGUGGUGUCCCACUGUUUACUCGACCCACCGAUCGUUCAGAGUGGUAGAUUAAAAAAAUCGCGCUAGUAACAGGAAGAAUCGCAGAUCGAGAUCGCACGAUAUGCAAUCGAACAUCAUCGAUCAACGUCGAGUCGUGUCGGAGUCGCAUGAUUCCCUCGAACCGAUGUUCGCCUUCGGACAGUAAACAAAAGUGACAGCGUGCGGAUGCCGUUCGGUCAUGCCUCCCGUCUCGUCCGUGUUUGCCGACAGUAUUUGACGUCUUGUUCUUCUGCGAGCUCGAAUUCCCUCACGUGGUUCAAGGUCUUCUAAAAUCAACUUAACGUCACGUUGCCAACAGACCCAGUGAGUUUCAUGCCACUUUCGCGAUCGAAUGUAUUAUCUCGAGUGUGUUGUCACUGACAGCAACACUGAGCGCGCUUUUCCCGGUUUUCGUUUAUGUGUUCUCGUGUAUUCUCCAAGGACUUGUCCCAGAAUUUUUGACACGAAGGACGUAAUAUCUUCAUAAAGCAUAAAAAGGAAAUCACUGGAUACAUCAAUCUUAAUUUUGCAGAAAAGCUUAAAGUCUCCUUCCGUAUUUCGAGAACGCUCGAAGAGGAGAAGAGAGAUGUGCCAACUUCCGUCGUUGCGGAUGUUCCACGUGCUCCUCGAGUUCAUCGACGCCUUGUCGCACUGCGUCCCGUGCUAGGACCAUGUCCUAGUGGUACAUUUGACGCGUGACCCACCCACUGCCAAAACAGAGACUCCGCGUGUACGAACAGCUCAAACGUUAAAAUUCUUAAAUGUGAUCCCUCGUACAACACUUGCAACAGUCAUCGAACUCCCUGAACCGAUCAUCUGAUCCUGAGAUGCCGGGCCAUCGCCUCGAGGACGCAGCUCGUCGCCUCGAGUGUCUUCCUGGUCGAGUGUCGGCGGCCAGGUUCCUUUGAACCCAACGCACCGAGCGUACAACACAGAGGCCAGCCACAAGACUGAUACAAUCCGUGUAAUGCGGCGCGCAGAGACGGCGACCCUCCGUCCCGACUCAAGCUGCUCAAUCUUCCCGCAAUAACGGCGAAAAUGUUCGGCAAGGUGCCACCCUCGAACACACCAGGGCCACCUGCGAACGAUGGGGCACCCGGCAAAUCGUGCGCCAGGCCGACGGCUACCACUUGCCUUCCUUGUUUCUCGGUCGACGAGGCCCCGCCCAUCCUCACCGACGAAAAGUCGAAACCUUGGAGGCCCAAGGAAAACGUACCCGUGGUCUCGGAGGCGCCUUCCACGGGAAUGGAGGAUAAACAAAAACUGUGGAGAUCGAAGGAGAAUUGCAACGCCUCCGUGAUAUUGGAGCCACCACCCUGCAUCACCUUGGACGACAAGUCGAAGCCUAAGAGGGCGAAGGAAGGAUCCUCGAACGAGUAUUCCGAGGACAAGUCGAAGUCCUGGUGGCCCAAGGAGACCCCCGAGUUAUUAUCCGAGGAUAAUAAACCCAAAGUCAGGAGAUGCAAGGAGAUGUGCACGUCGUCCGAGUGUCACCUCGCCGUGGACGACAAGAAGGCCAGAAGAUCGGCCACCGAGUGCACCGGUUUCGAGCAACCGUCGGACGAUAAGUCGAAGGCUUGGGGUGUCGACCAUCACUCCCAACCGACCUCGUCCAAUCUUUCUUCCCAAUCGUCGUUCGAGGUGAACAGAGCCGGCAGAAGCGAGGCGAGCGGGUGCGCCAAGAAUUGCUCCAAAUACAAGGAGGCCGGCCACGGAAGAGGCCAGGCGGGAUUGAAGAGCCACAAGUGCUCGUCCAACUCCAAUUGCGCCAACUUCGGGAAAUCGAGUAAUUGCGCACCGGCCACGAAGUCGCAAAGGGUGCUGUGCUCCACCAGCCUGAGCAAUCUGAACGUGGACAACGCCGCGGGUAGCCCGAGGGAUUCCUCGAAGCUGGUGAAGAAACACGCUGGUCCGAGCCGCGAGUUUCUCACCGGUAAGGAGCAACAUUUGCCUGGAAAGUCUGUUUCGCAGAGGAGCGUGGGUGGCCAAGUUGCGGGGGCCAAGUCUGGCAGCAGGUCUUCCGAUUCCAACGACGAGGCGGCCAACUCGUCCAUGGACUACACCGCCAUUUCUGUGAUCCAGUCGACCGACGAGCCCUGCCAGAAGUCCAAGUAUCACGCGAACGAGAACGACAUUGUGGACAUGGUCGCCUCGGCAACCUCCGCCACCUGCGAGCAAAGAAACUGCAGGGGAGAUUUUGCCACGUCGACGCCUGCCAAGGAUUGGAUGAAGUCUAACGGUGACGCGUUGCAGCAGAGCUGCGUUUCCUGUUUGCCCCAGGAUCUUCCUACGGAGCUGCAGUUGUCCUCGCCGAGGAAUUACAGGGAGAAGUGCCGUGAUCCGUGGCGGCCCACCGAAAUGGAGAGCAAUAUUUGCAACCUGAACGUGUGCCCCGGUGAUGCGUAUCAGGAUACGAGCACGAAGAGGAGGACGGGCGCUUCCUGUCAGGCGUUGAGGCAUGCGGUCGCCUCGUUGAACCGAUUGGACGAUUUUUAUAUGGAGAAGAUCGGCGCUGGCUUCUUCUCGGAGGUCUUCAAGGUUACUCACAAAGUGACGAGUCAGGUGAUGGUCCUGAAGAUGAACCAGCUGCCCGCGAACAGACCGAACAUGUUGAAAGAGGUCCAGCUGAUGAACAAGCUCAGCCAUCCAAACAUACUCAGGUUUAUGGGGGUUUGCGUUCACGAGGGACAAUUGCAUGCUCUGACAGAAUAUAUAAACGGUGGCAGCUUAGAGCAAUUGAUCAUGUCUAGGCACACAUCUUUACCCCAUCUAAUCAGAAUGAAUCUAGCAAAGGACGUAGCACGUGGCAUGACCUAUCUUCACAGUCGUGGACUCUUCCAUCGAGAUCUCACGUCUAAGAACGUUUUGAUCAAGAAGGAUGAGAACACUUUUGAAAUGACCGCCGUGGUUGGAGAUUUCGGAUUGGCUGCAAAAAUUCCAGAUCCAAGCUCUGGAUACAGAUUGAGCACAGUAGGCAGUCCGUAUUGGAUGUCGCCUGAAUGUUUGAAGGGUCAAUGGUACGAUCAUAGAUCAGAUGUUUUCUCGUUCGGCAUAGUAGUUUGUGAGCUUAUCGGCCGUGUGCCUGCCGAUCCGGAUGUUCUACCACGGUCGGAUAAUUUUGGCCUCGAUUACCUAGCCGUGGCAGAAAUCUGUGCAGCAGCUGAUCCGCCGCCAGCCUUCCUGCAGCUUGCCUUCAAUUGUUGCACUUAUGAACCAAAAUCAAGACCGACCUUCCCAGAAAUUACCUCCAGCCUAGAGACUAUGAUCACCAAUUAUGAAGAAUCUAAAAACAACAUAGGCAAGCGUCAAUCCGUGGAUCCUAAUCUCAUGUCCAGCAUGGACGAGAUUACAAGAGAAGGGCGUUCCACUAAACGUAAAACUGCUCGUCUUCGGAGCCAAUCAGCUGAUGCAAGAGGUUGCGAUAAUGCGACACCUUCCGACAAAGCGAGAUGUCAUUCUGCAAGGAGAGUAGCGGAAUUGGCAAGCAGAAGGGAUCCACAUUACAGACCUAUGACGGCGAAUCCGUUCCAUGCGCUGGGCGGUGUGAAGAAAAUCCUUGGUGACUUGUUCUCUAGUUGUCUGGAACUUCCAUCUCUGGAGGAUGUUAGACCAAGUGUCACCGAUGUUAUCGCCAAAUUCAAACCUGCGCAGAACGACAGUAUCGCGAAGAUCUUGGACAGAAAGAAACCUAAUUCGGAACCUAGCAGUCCUACUGCCAGGAAAAAAUGGGAAAGAAAGGUGGCCACGAAGGUAGGCGCAGCCAGCUUGUUCAUGCAUCCGCUUUUCCGAGACGGAUGGGAGCCAAGAAGGCGCGGCAGCUGCGAAUCAGGUUUCUGGAGCUGCGUAGGUGAAGAUCUCAGUCCAGAGCCACCAAAUCGUCGUCAUACCUCCACUCUAAGCAGUUCUGCUGCGAGCAGUCUUUUCUUAUUAGAUGAUCAUCGAACCAGUUCCAUUUACACCGACUCCUCCGAGGACAUAGCCAGCCUAGGUGGUGGUGAUUCCUGUUGGGAGGACAGAUUAAGCGGCAUAGGGUCUUCCAGUAAAACAAUCUCCAAGAUAGUCGAAUAUUUUGAGAAAAAACAAGCUGGUAGCUUGCGUUUAACCGAUUACGAUGCCGGCUCCAGCAGAUUAACCUUGCUUAAGGCCAGCUUGGAGGGUUCUGUACCACUGUGCAACAUCUCAGCUGCGCAGAGAUUGGUCGUUUGCGAGGGUGCUGUGCGCAGCAAACUAUCCUUGUUUGACAAAAAGUGAUACACGUCACUUGCACGUCGUAGAAUUCGUUCCUUAGGGUUUCUUGGUUCUCUCUGCCGAUAUCUGUGGAAUCACGUGCGGAAACACAGGUGUCUAUAAAGAAGAAACGCUUCGACGAUUGUGAAAUUGUUGAAGAGUGGCGGCUCAUAUCGAUGCGACGAAAAUAUUGGAGAAAAGUAACGAUCAGAGGAGGAAGUAAGGUCUAACGCUUAAGUAAGGUCGGGUCGCAUGCGAAAGAAAAAUUAGGGGAAUCGAAUGAACGAUUAUAUUUUCAUUGGACUUUGAAAUGGUUUAAAGGGAUUUGAACAGGGUCAGUAUUAACUACUUAAAUUCGAGUUAUCCGGUUUUUCAAAUCCAAUGGAAAUACAGUCAAUUAUUGAAGUUCAGCGGACGCUUCUCUAAAAAAUCUAGUAACCCGACUGUGAUCUUUUUUGAUAAUCUACAUACAUUAUUGAUGUCCUUACACGACUAUUGUUUGAAGCUGUCGGCGCGAGUUCCUCUUUUCGCGUGCGACCAUCGUUCGAGCGUUUUUCUCGCUAGUGCACUUUUAAAAAAUAUCUUUAUACUCGAUCCGAUAACAGAUCAAUUUUAAAAAAUGAUUCUUUCACUUUUAGACGUCAAUAGUUCUUUGCACGAAAAUGGAACGUUUCUUGCGUUUUGUAAUUCAAAAUACUUAAGAAUUUUAAAACUAUCAUAUUUUUCCUUAUAGGACGUUACUAUUUAGAAAAGAAAAAGAAGAGGUGAAAUGAAAAAAGUUUUAGAGCGAUCGAGAAGAAAGCAAUACACGUUUCAUUUUUGAGACUGCGGCAUUCGAUUGCCAAUAGAAAUCGCUGCUCAUGUUCUUACCUUUUUGCAGUGCCUCGCAGUUCCUAGUUAGCCACCUCCGUCCUUAUCCACGUCAACCGACUUUUUAUCGAUUAUUAAAUGGCGAUCGUAGAAAAUUGAAAUAUGAAUUUCCCGUUGUAUUUAUAUCUAUGCUCGAAAAAAAAAAAUUUUUUUUUAAUUUUACAUUGUAAAGAAAUUUUACAUUGUAAUCGAUUCCUAACAGUCUCCUCUUACUUGGUUUGUACCGCGUUACUUUUCGAAGACGCCGAUAUUCGAAGUUGACAUUGUUCAGCCGCGUUACUCUUGCAUUAAGAACAAGGAUGUUGAGGUAAACAUGGAGAACUAUGGCGAUAUGCAAUGAAAGGCGGUACAUUUUAAAAAUUUUUUUUUAAAGUAAAAAGGAAAAAGAAACGUUUAA